CGAGGGUCAUCCGCUAUACCGCCAUAAAAUUCCUAUCCUAGAGGUAUUGCAUCUUGUUCGGCCGCGAUGGCGGAAGGCAUUAUGGGUGAUGGGUGGGCAUAUAUGAACGUGCCCCGGCUCGGGACAAGUUGUACUAAUACAAUAAUUUUCGGCGUUCGCACCGGAGUAUUGUUGUGGUGAAAAUGACGAGACAUCCAGAGAUUGUUCAACAUCCUACUGUGGACAUUGAAAGUGCUGAAGAAAAAAGACAGCAGGAUUUGGAUAUCGUCGAAACCGAAAACUUGCCUCCAUCGCGCCAAGCCGUAGAGAGCGGGGCGGAUGAAGAUGAUGGCUCGCCUGAUAAACCAAGCUUACCUUUCUCUAAAGCGAGAUGCAUUGCUCUAGUCGCAACAGUAACAGGUGCCAGUUUCCUGAAUACCCUAUCAAUCCAGUCAGUCGUCAUUAUCCUACCAACGAUUGGCGAAGAAUUGAACAUCCCUGAGAGUAGACAACAAUGGAUAGUGUCUUCUUAUGCUCUCACCUUCGGAUGCCUUUUGCUUCUAUGGGGUCGUAUAGCAGAUAUUUAUGGCAAACGUUCGAUUUUCAUUCUUGGUAGCGCUUUCGUAGCGGUGACUAUGAUCAUUAAUCCGUUCAUACCAAAUGAAAUAGGAUUCAAUAUUUUUAGGGGACUACAAGGACUUGGCGCCGCCGCCAAUGUGCCGACAGCCAUCGGAAUUUUGGGCGUGACAUUUCCACCAAGCAAAGCAAAGAAUUAUGCGUUCAGCGCGUAUGCUGCUGGUGCGCCCCUUGGUAGUGUCUUUGGAAAUCUGAUCGGUGGCUUUAUUGCGUCCUUCGCUAACUGGCGAUGGGUAUUUGGGGCUACUGGUGGACUCGCGAUCGCUGUAACGGUCGCAGGCAUAGCAUUUAUACCAGCGCCACCACCACAUUUAACGACCCAAAAAGGCGGCAUUUCCUCGCUCAGGUCCGUAGAUUGGAUUGGUGGUGCCCUCGUUACCGGCGCAAUUCUCGCGCUAUUGUUCGCCUUGACGGAAGGUAAUGUAGUGGGAUGGAAGACCAUCUGGAUUUAUCUAUUAAUCGUCAUCUCUCUGUUACUCCUUGGUAUGUUCGUCAUAUGGCAAUGGUACCAGGAGAAACAUACAACGAGCAAGCCACUCAUGAAAGUUUCCGUCUUCAAAAGCGCUCGGUUCAGCGCUGCCAUGGUAAUAAUGGCCCUAUUCUUUGCCGCUUUUAACGACCUAAUCGUUUCCGCCACGUUCAUUUUUCAGGAUUACCAGGACCUUGGUCCCCUUCAGACGACGUUGAGAUUUAUCCCAACCGGUGCAUCUGGUGUCAUUACUGCAUUCGUCGUAAGCCACCUCAUUUCGCGCGUACCUACUUGGAUGUUGCUUCUGUUUGGCAAUCUCAGUGUGUCGAUAUCGUGUUUAUUAUUUUCAAUACCGAUUCCUCCCGACACAUCAUAUUUCGCGUAUGGAUUUCCAGCAUUCGUUCUCUCGGUAAUCGGCGCUGAUAUCACUUGGCCGAGUUUGACUCUUUUCACCUCCAAAUCUCUGCCUCAGGACGACCAAGCGCUAGGAGGUGCAUUGAUUAAUGCGAUGGGCCAAAUAGGAAGAGCCAUUGGAUUAGCAAUCACCACUGCAAUCCAGACCGCAGUAAUAGCAAGAGACAGAGGUGUACCGGUAGAAGAAUCAGGCAAGAUUAUGCCUUGGGAACCAGCUUCCUUAAGCGGAUUGAGAGCAGGCAUUUGGUUCAACUUUGCGCUUGCGCUGUGCUGCGCAGUUGUGGUGUCUGUAUACUUCCGUGGCACCGGUAUCGUUGGCAAGAUUGAAAAGAGACCACAGCAACCUGUGAGAAUUUCUCCUAGGGGUGCAACAGAACAAGAUACCAAAUAGUUACAUAUAUGCAGACAUAGUGUAGCUCACGUCUUUGUAUAAGACCGCGAUUGGUUAUUCUAUCAAUUGGAAUAGUAAGUCGUCGCGGCCAAUCCUACCAUCAACGCUCACUUCGGUGGUUUUUCUUGCGCCGCAAUGCUAGUUACAGCGCAUUACAGCUGCAAAUGAUCUAGUAAUCUAGGUGACCUCUAAACGUCGUUUUAAUGCCCCCAAGACCACAUCUAUAGCGUGUACUCCACGGUAACCCCCCCACUACAACAUAAUUACC